CAGAGAAGAAACGAUGAUAUAGAACACGGCUGAGGCCUUCCAUUUGUUUCUCACAUAUUUUAGCUCUAAUUGUCAUUGUAAUUCUCAAAUGGAUGUAAUGUGUAAAACCGGCUCGGUCGCGAAGUUCAUCGGCGGAGUUCUGAAUACGGCCGUGAGCUUCGUUGUCUUCUCUGUUCUCGACCUUGUUGAUUCCAUUCUGUGUUUCGCUUACAAAGUGGCGGAUUUCUGCAUCGAAGCCGAGUGGAGGCCUUGUUACUGCUGCCCCACUAAAGAAGCCAUCACCAGCGGCGGCGGCGGCAUGAUUUUAGUCUCUGAACAAGGGGAGUCCAAGAUUGUUAGCCUCAAUUCAAACAAGUUGCAGCUGGAGGACAUUUCGGAUACCCUUUAUUCACGUCCUUCACUGGUGGCCGAGGCCUCGAAGCUCACCGUUAAUGAGCUGAAGAAACUCAAGUUCGACGGCACUAGGAUGAAGCGUUGCGAGAAGAUGAAGAAAGGGUCGACGAGAUCGACGUUCACCAUCAACUCCAUCGUUGUGGAAAUGCUUCAGGGCAAGAUGGUUGGCCAGCAAUUGCAUCAUAUUCCUACAUGGUCCGACUGCGACUGUAAAUUCUGCAAUUCUUGGGCCUCUUCCAGCAACGACACCCUCUUCGUCAAGGCUCAAGCACCAAAGGAUAAUAAAGCACAAGAAGAUGUGAUAUUCAUCCAUGGCUUCAUUUCAUCAUCAGCAUUUUGGACUGAAACUUUAUUCCCCAACUUUUCAAGCACUGCAAAAUCGACUUACCGGUUCUUGGCAGUCGAUCUUCUAGGGUUCGGGAGAAGUCCGAAACCAGCCGACUCUCUGUACACCUUAAGGGAACAUGUGGACAUGAUCGAAAAAUCCGUGCUUGAAAAUUACGAAGUGAAAUCUUUCCACAUUGUGGCUCAUUCCUUAGGCUGCAUCUUAGCACUUGCUAUAGCUGUAAAACACCCGGGGUCGGUCAAGUCAUUAACCCUACUAACACCGCCGUACUAUCCGGUACCAAGGGGUGAAGCGGCAACGCAAUAUGUUAUGAGAAAAUUAGCGCCACGACGAGUGUGGCCGGUGAUGGCGUUUUGUGCAUCUCUGGCUUGCUGGUACGAGCACAUCAGCCGGACGAUUUGCCUUGUCAUCUGCAAGAACCAUCGGAUAUGGGAAUUUCUCACCAAACUUGUCACCAGAAACAGGGUGAGAACAUUCUUGAUGGAAGGGUUCUUCUGCCACACACACAACGCUGCCUGGCAUACGCUUCACAACAUUAUGUGUGGCACUGCGACCAAGCUCGACCGUUAUUUGGACUUCGUCUGCGACCGACUGAACUGUGACGUAACCAUAUUCCACGGCAAAGACGACGAAGUAAUCCCGCUCGAGUGUAGUUAUAAUGUCCAGAGAAAAAUCCCUCGUGCUCGAGUUAAGGUCGUCGAGAAGAAAGACCACAUUACGAUUGUUGUUGGGAGACAGAAGGCGUUUGCCAGGGAACUGGAGGAGAUUUGGAAUUCAUCAUCAAGGAGUAAUUAAAAAAUUAGCACGGAAUGGUAUCUUCGAUUUGGGAGGCCAAAUGCGUAAAACAUAUUAAUUCCCCUCAUGACAUGUGAACAUAAGUCAAUGUUUUAUCG